UAGCUCAUGUCCGCUAUUCAGUUUUUGCAUUACAGUUACCUAUGGUUGAUGUUCUUGCUGAAUUAGUUAAUAACCAAAAAUGCAUAGGUACGUUCUCCCAGGAAAACACCACAACUAAUUUUGUUAAUGGCUUCUUGCAUUAAUAAUGAAUACUUGACAGACAUGCUUUCCUCGGCUGCAUCCCAAUCAAUUAACACCGCGAGGAGUCACUCCCAUUUAUCAAGGACCUGCCCUCUUGUUGCACUAACAUUUAUCGCGUCGCAGUAAUUGCAAUAACACCAGACAGAAUGGCCGCCAAAGUGGGAUCAAGUUUGCUCGAAUCCGUCAAGGUGCUGUUCUACAGUUCCUCCUUCUUGGGGAUAAUUCCCUAUUCGCUACGGGCGUUCUACUCCCGGACCGUGCUGCGCGUUUCCAUCCUCGGGAACCUGUGGGUCCUGCUCAGUAUCGUCAGCUACUCGGUCAGCUACCAUUUGGCGACGGAUGCCUACGUCGGUGUGGGUGGCGGCGGACAAGGAACUCUUACCAACGCGAUCGGAAUCUUCAUCAUCUACAUGGAACCGCUGAUGAUGUGCAUCGACAUGUUGGCCGCAAUGAUCAACCAAAAUCGCCUGAUCGAGUGCGUCGAACGGCUGGACAAGGUCGACCUGAAGCUUGCCGGCGAGAACAUCCCGGUGGAUAACGGACGUCUUCGGCGUUACGUCGUCAUCUUGCUGGUGUUGGUGUUCGUCUUCGAGAGCGUUCUAACGACGUACAAUUUCGUCGAGUUCUCCGAAGAGUACUCGCUGCUGUCGUUGAUGUGGUUUAUUACGACCUUCCCCACGGCUAUCAACUCGAUUAGUCGAAUUUGGUUUGUGGUGCUGGUCCAAUCCAUCCGGCAUCGGUUCCACGUGAUGAACAAGCAUAUGGACGAGCUGGCGGGGCUGCUGGAAGAGCACAAUGACCGCUGGGAAGACGAACUGGAGAUCGAGAAGAACGACAUUCCGAUGAAUUACCUGGAAAAGGAGAUCUUUACCAUUCGUAAUCACAAAAGAUUGAACGUCGUUCAGCCGGUGAUGCCGGCGAAACUGUACGGCAAUCAGCAGGGAAAGAUCAUCAGCGUGAAACCAUUCGAGAAGAGACUGAGUGAAGAGAAAGUCCUAGCGCAGAAGCGAGCGGUGUUCGAUUUCCUCGCGUUCGACAAGUACAUGAAAGUCGACGAAAAGCUGGACAAGAAAAUGAUUCUGAUCUGUCGCACCCAUGACGAACUAUGCGAGAUUGGCAAGUCCGUGAACUACAUGUUCAGCUUCCAGAUGUUGGUUUCGAUGGCGCACGGUUUCAUGGCCAUCACGGCGCAAUUUUACUUCCUAUAUUGCGCCCUAUCCAAACAGGAAGUUCCGAUUCUGUUCCGCUCGGCUACGGUACUGCAAAUUUCGAUCAUCCAGAUUUUCUACAUUGCGGUCAAGUGCGUCAUUUGCAUCUACGUUUGCUGGAAGACUAAGACCGAAUCGCAACGGACCGGGGUCUUUAUGCACCAUUUGGCAAACAUGGUGGACGAGACCCACUUCUACCAGAUUGUGAACCAUCUGUCGUUGAAGCUGUUGAAUCACCAGUUGAACUUCAGUGCGUGUGGAUUCUUCGAUCUUGAUAUGACGACUCUGUAUGCGAUCACCGGCGCCAUCACCAGCUACCUGAUCAUUUUAAUUCAGUUCAAUCUGGCAGCCCUGCAGAAGGCGGGAAAUGCAACCGAGGCAGCCAAUGUAACGGCGACCACGGUAGCCCCGUUGCUGAAUUUGAGCACCACUGCUCUGAGCACCUAUGUGGCCAACCCCUAAAGUACAGUACAAGUGAUGAAUAGUUUCUUGGAGUGAGAAAUAGUUUGGCAACACUUUAUUUGUGUUUUGUUUUGGUUGUCAGUGUUACCAACUUUGCCGACAAUGCAGUGAUCAAGUGAAUAUACAAGUUUCAAGGAGUUUAGAUGUUUGUGUGUGAAUUAACGCAAGAAAUGACUGGCAUCAACUAGUGGUUCCUACCGAGGUGAUGAAAUUGAGGGAAUCCCCAAAACCACCCAACCGGAUGGCCCAGACGUGUACUAGAAGGAGUGACCCUUUCAAAUCCGACAAUUUUCAACUUUUAUCAAAACUUUCAACUUGUUGAUUUGUGUAUCGAGUCCUGAGAAGGGUCCAAUAGCCAGACCGAAAUGUCGGCGAUGAUAAUAAAAUAAUCAACGCAAUUUAGAAGACUGUAAGCUGAAAAUCAACAAAGUGUUUGUGUGUGUUUAUUAAGUGUCAGCAGUUACUUCUAUGGUAAGGAAAUGUAAAAUAAACUUUCUUGUGGAGUAAAAAA